AGGCGCCCGAGGUAUACGUCGUCAGUACUCGCCACAACGGGGUAAAAACGGGGGUGGCGUUGCAACAGCGGAGAAGCGAAUUCACCAAAGUUUGCUCGGCAGACAGAUAGAUAGACAGACAGGCAGGCUGUAAUUCAUAGGGGGGUGUAUAUGCGUGCGCGGGUUUACACGCGUGAGUGUUACGCGGGCGAACGCGCUAUAAUGUCCGCUUACGGGGGUUUCGUGGAUCGCGGAUCGUCCAGCGGAUGGCUGACGUAGUGACGUAUAGUGAAUCAACGUGAGGCAUCGCGCCGCGACUCUUGGCCCCCGAGAGAGUCACCCUUCCUCGCGAGGUCAUUUCGCGAGGCUCCUCUCACAAUCCGCAUCUUAUUUGUCAUUUCGCCGAGACGAGAGACGAACGGCGCCCUUCCCGAAGAGAGUCUAGCAAGAGGAAGUUAUCGCCAGCACCGCCGCCGGCUUUAUCCGACGCUAAGUUAAAGAAAAACAAGAAAAAUGUCGUCGGUUAAGGUGGCGGUGAGGGUACGGCCCUUCAACCAUCGCGAAAUCAUUCGUCAGGCACAAUGUAUUAUAGAUAUGACGGGGAGCACCACUUCCAUUGUGAAUCCUAAAGCCACACCGGGAAGCAAAGAAGCUGUCAAAAGCUUCAAUUAUGAUUAUUCCUACUUUUCUAUGGAUCCAAACGAUGAUAACUAUUCAUCUCAGCUCAUGGUUUACAAGGAUAUCGGAGAAGAAAUGUUGGAACACGCUUUUGAAGGCUAUAACGUUUGCAUUUUUGCAUACGGCCAAACUGGCGCCGGUAAAUCUUAUACCAUGAUGGGUAAGCAGGAAGAUGGACAGGAAGGAAUAAUACCACAGAUUUGCAAGGAUCUGUUUAGGAAAAUCAGCUAUACGUCUAACGAGCGUUUGAAGUAUUCGGUAGAAGUGAGUUAUAUGGAAAUCUAUUGCGAGAGGGUGCGCGAUUUAUUGAAUCCGAAAAACAGAGGGAAUCUUCGAGUAAGGGAACACCCUCUCUACGGACCUUAUGUCGAAGAUCUUUCCAAAUUAGCCGUAUUGUCAUACGAAGACAUUCACGAUCUCAUAGACGAGGGUAACAAGGCCAGGACUGUCGCAGCGACAAACAUGAACGAAACAUCCAGCAGAUCGCACGCUGUUUUCACUAUAUUCUUUACACAACAGCAGCAGGACUGCGCCACCGGUUUGAUGACAGAGAAAGUUAGUAAAAUAUCGUUGGUUGAUUUGGCUGGAUCCGAGAGAGCCGAUUCGACGGGCGCGAAAGGCACACGACUAAAGGAAGGAGCUAACAUUAACAAGAGUCUGACAACUCUCGGAAAAGUUAUCAGUGCCCUGGCAGAGAUUGCAACGAAAAAGAAGAAGAAAGCUGAUUUCAUACCAUACAGAGACUCGGUUUUAACGUGGUUAUUACGGGAGAAUUUGGGCGGAAAUUCGAAAACUGCUAUGAUCGCAGCAAUUAGUCCUGCUGACAUCAAUUACGAUGAGACACUCUCGACCUUACGAUAUGCGGACAGAGCGAAACAGAUCGUUUGCAAGGCCGUGGUCAAUGAAGACGCGAAUGCCAGACUUAUCAGAGAACUCAAAGAAGAAAUACAGAAACUUCGGGAACUUCUAAAACAGGAAGGCAUCGACGUACAAGAAGGGCCAGAUGGUAAAGUUACGUACGAAAAGAAAGAAUCUAGGGAUGAAAUUAUCAGAACGAACAAGCGAAAUGAAGAAGAUAAUAAAGAAACUCGGUCGAGAAUCCCCUCCCAUACUACGUCUACUAUCGCCGAAGAGGCGGUUGAUCAACUGCAAGCAUCUGAAAAAUUGAUCGCAGAAUUGAACGAAACGUGGGAAGAGAAAUUGAAACGAACCGAAUCGAUUCGCCUGCAACGCGAAGCGGUAUUCGCCGAGAUGGGAGUCGCUGUAAAAGAGGAUGGCGUCACAGUGGGUGUAUUCUCGCCGAAGAAGACACCGCACUUGGUAAAUCUGAACGAGGAUCCUCUCAUGUCGGAAUGUCUGAUCUAUUAUAUCAAGGACGGAUUCACGCGCAUCGGUAGCGCAGAGGCGAUUAUACCCCAGGAUAUUCAGCUGUGUGGUCCGCACAUACUCAGCGAGCACUGCGUUUUCGAAAACCACGAGGGCAUCAUAACUCUCAUUCCAAAGAAAGGAGCUUUGAUCUAUGUCAAUGGCCGCGAAGUGACCGAACCGCUUGUUCUAACGACUGGUUCGCGUGUUAUCCUGGGAAAAAGCCACGUUUUCCGUUUUAAUCAUCCUGAUCAAGUACGCGAACGAAUAGCGAACGGAUCGCCAGCGGAAACUCCUGGCAACAAUGAACCAGUCGCAGACUGGGACUUUGCGCAGGUUGAGCUGUUAGAAAAACAGGGUAUCGAUCUAAAGGCUGAAAUGGAAAAGAGAUUGCUCGUAUUGGAGGAACAGUUCCGUAAAGAAAAAGAAGAAGCUGAUCAGCUGUUUGAGGAGCAACGAAAGAGCUACGAAGCACGGAUAGACGCAUUGCAGAGACAGGUGGAGGAACAAAGUAUGACAAUGUCUAUGUACAGCAGUUACACGCCGGAAGACUUCAAUAACAUCGAAGAAGACAUUUUUGUCAACCCAUUGUUUGACGCAGAGAGCAACUGGACCGAGAGAGAAUUUCAACUGGCCGCUUGGGCCUUCCGUAAAUGGAAAUAUCAUCAAUUUACGAGUUUACGGGACGAUCUUUGGGGCAACGCGAUAUUCCUUAAAGAGGCUAAUGCCAUAUCUGUUGAACUAAAAAAGAAGGUUCAAUUCCAAUUUACUUUACUCACGGACACUCUUUACUCGCCGCUACCUCCUGAUCUUUUACCCGUUAUGGAUGACGAAGAUGAGGAUGAGAGGCCGUUCCCACGCACGAUCGUUGCUGUUGAAGUCCAGGAUACGAAGAAUGGUGCUACACAUUACUGGACAUUAGACAAGCUAAGACAAAGAUUGGAGCUGAUGCGCGAGAUGUAUCACAACGAAGCUGAGCUCUCGCCCACAUCUCCCGAUUUCAAUAUCGAAUCCAUCACGGGAGGUGAUCCGUUUUACGAUCGAUUUCCGUGGUUCCGCAUGGUCGGCAGAGCCUUCGUGUAUUUGAGCAAUCUCAUGUAUCCGGUGCCAUUGAUUCACAAAGUAGCUAUCGUAAACGAGAAGGGUGACGUUAAGGGUUACUUGCGAGUCGCUGUACAAGCCGUAGUUGAAGAGGAAAACAGCGAAUACUCGAGUGGCGUUAGACAAUCAGCACGAAUCUCUUUCGAGGACGACCUGUUUGGCGGGCACAAGCACAAUAAACGCAACACUCUUUUGGCUCAAACUCUGGAGAAGAACCGGCAAAUCGUGCUGCAUGAGGAGCGCGUGGUCGAGGGACACAACGAGAUUAAUCAGAAGGACAUGAAAGACGAGGAUGAUAUAGGGGAUGCUGACAGUGGCAGAGGCGACAGCUCGGUUUCGAGCGACAUGAAGGAGGAGGAUUUACCGGAUCAUUUGCAACCUGGUGUGGAAUUCACUUUUAGAGUAACGGUCCUACAAGCUAUGGGUAUUUCUACAGAGUACGCUGACAUUUUCUGUCAAUUCAACUUCCUACAUCGACACGACGAAGCUUUCUCGACAGAGCCGGUAAAGAAUACAGGCAAAGGCAAUCCGCCCGGAUUUUAUCACGUACAAAACAUUACAGUCACGGUCACCAAAUCCUUCUUAGAGUAUCUGAAGACACAACCUAUCGUCUUCGAAGUGUUUGGUCAUUAUCAACAACAUCCGUUACACAAGGACGCGAAGCUAGAAUACAGCGUACGACAACCACCGAAAAGAAUGCUUCCGCCUUCCAUACCGAUCAGUCAACCAGUUCGUUCGUCGAAAUUCGGCAGCGUUCUGCCGUCUCCCAGCACGUCUCAUGUGCACGCCAAGUACGAUGUGUUAGUGUGGUUCGAGAUCUGCGAAUUGGCGCCAAACGGCGAGUACGUGCCGUCGGUGGUAGACCACAGCGACGAUCUGCCAUGUCGUGGAUUGUUUCUGCUUCACCAGGGCAUACAGCGACGUAUACGGAUCACUAUUGUGCACGAACCGGCUUCCGAAUUGAGAUGGAAGGAUGUGCGCGAGCUUGUAGUUGGCCGUAUCCGAAAUACCCCGGAACCCGAGGAAGAGGAUAACGACUCAUCUGUACUUUCGUUGGGUCUGUUUCCCGGUGAAUAUCUCGAGAUUCCCGGUGACGAUCGUACUAUGUUCAGAUUCGAAGCAGCCUGGGAUAGUUCCCUGCACAAUUCAGCUCUACUUAAUCGAGUCACGUCUUACGGAGAACAAAUCUUUAUGACCAUUUCCGCAUAUCUUGAGUUGGAGAACUGUGGAAGACCUGCGAUCAUCACGAAAGAUCUGAGCAUGAUCAUCUACGGAAGGGACGCAAGAGUCGGCCCGCGUUCUCUUAAACACCUGUUUAGCGGCAGCUAUCGCAAUCAAGAAGCGAAUCGACUCAGCGGCGUCUACGAACUAGUGCUACGCCGUUCUUCGGAAGCAGGUAGUCCAGGAGUUCAAAGACGUCAACGUCGCGUUUUGGACACGAGUUCCACGUAUGUCAGAGGCGAGGAGAAUCUACACGGAUGGAGGCCGCGCGGAGACAGUCUCAUAUUUGAUCAUCAGUGGGAACUCGAAAAAUUGACGAGGCUAGAGGAAGUGGAGAGAGUACGGCACACAUUGUUGUUGCGGGAGAAACUCGGCAUCGACAAAUUACCUUUCUGCAAUAAACCUCUGCACGAUUUCACGAAGAGCGAAAAGGACGUAUGUAACAUGGUGGCAAAGGCUACAAACGAACCACACGCCAGCCCGGUAAAGCUGAAACGCUCGACCAGUAAAGACGUUUAUGAACCCUGGGAAAUGACCGAAAAGGAGCGCGAAUUAGCGACCAAGUAUAUUAAACUCAUCCAAGGAAGAAUCCCGAGCAAGGAACCGAUAUUACUUGCUGAUGUUUCGCCCGGGGAGGAUACCAUAACCGAUCUAUCCGCGUCUAUGAUGUCUUCGGUUAUAUCGUCCUCGUCUCAAGAGUUAAGUUCGCCGGAGAGGGCUAGAUUGCAAGAGCUCCAGGAGAGUAUAUUGGCGAGCGAGUCGGCCAAUCAAACAUGCACCGUUGCACCGCCACCGCUGGGAUCAUCCUCGCCGUCAAAGGAGAACUUGGUACUGUAUGUACCGGAGGUGGAGGAAAUACGCAUUAGUCCGGUCAUCGCGCGAAAGGGCUACUUGAACGUUCUCGAGCACAAGACCAAUGGUUGGAAGAAACGCUGGGUGGCUGUUCGUCGACCGUAUGUUCUCAUUUUCCGAGAGGAAAAGGAUCCUGUCGAAAGGGCGCUAAUUAAUUUAGCCACAGCUCAAGUUGAAUACUCCGAGGAUCAGUUGGCUAUGGUGAAAGUACCGAAUACGUUCAGCGUCGUUACCAAGCACAGAGGAUACUUGCUGCAGACUUUAGGCGAUAAGGAGGUCUACGAUUGGCUGUAUGCGAUUAAUCCUCUCCUAGCUGGUCAAAUUAGGUCGAAACUCGCACGUAAAGGCCCGACUGCACUGAAUUUGAGCAACGGCGCGCCGAUCGGCCUGACACCGACUCUGGAGCAAUCGAGCAAUCAGACCAAGUGAGUGGCCGAUACUAUGGCCGGGGUAACGAGUGCAAUAGCAAAGGCGUCGGAGAAAAUGCUGUGCUGGUCGCACUCGGUCUUAGAGUCCCAAGACUUGUGUAACUUUCGAUUUCCGCUAGUCUUUGAUUGACCCUUGAGUGGAUGCUAAGCGCUGUUGAGAUUUUGAAUCCACGAUCGACAGCACGGUAUUAUCAACGUUUUACUUUACGCAGCGUUCCCUUAGCAUGUUUACAGGGCGAAAAAAAGAAAUGGUGCUCGUCUUUCGAAGAAGUUACAAACGCGCGUGCAAAUGCCAUUGCUAUGGUACGAUUACUGUAUUACAUCGGAAAAUUCAUUUCCGCGUCUCUCCGUACAUUUCGAAUUCAUAUUUGAAAUGCUUUUCACGUCGACGAGAUGAGAUCAGAGAUCUGUGCGCGCGAAUAUUUCCGUUGAUACUUUAUUUCUACGACGCGUUGACAUAAUCUAUCGUAAUACCCCUUUACGCAUGCAACAUGUGAGAAGGAUAGAAAUGCAUUUAUGCCUAAUAAACGUAUUCUUAAGACGAUCACUGAAAACGAGGUAAGGAAUACACGUUAUAGAUAUAUCUGUAAAAGAAGAAGAAAAAGAAGUAUGCGAGAAAAAGGCGAGAAAGAGUGGGAGAGAAAGAAAAUAAUAUAAGAGAAAAAAAGAGAGAACGAAACGAAGAGAUUCGGGAAGGUAUUGAUAAUUUCGUAUGCGAAUUUGAUGAUCGCUUUUAAUACUCUACUUUUGGAAGAGUAUCUACGACGAAAAAAAGAGACAUUAAUAUGCAAUUUUCUAUGAGAAUUAUAUUCCCAUUCUCUGUUCACGUUUUCUUUUAUUUAUUCGAUUAAGCGAAUUAAAUCUAGAUGAUGAUGCUGAAGUAUCAACUUUGCCAACGUGAAAAGUUGUACUAUUGUUGUACACGCAAUCGAUUGACCGUCGCUUGAUGAAGAUUUUAUUUUUUGCGAAUUGGAGUUUCUUAAAUAGCUUUAAUCAUGACAUAUAUAGCAAGAUGGGAUAAUAUUGCUUCAAUGCAAUAAGAUUAUGUGACUUUGCAUCAGAAUGAAAAGAGAUUUGAAUAUCAUCUAAAAUGCAAAAAGCUGAUCAGCAAAAACAAAGAGAGAAAGAGAAAGAAAGAAUCGCCACUUCUUGAAGCAUAAAGUUUAUAGAGUACUUUCUGUUUUAAUGUGAUUUGAAAUGACUUUUUUUCACUUUUUUAAUCUUUGAUAUAGAGUAAUUUUAUCCUAUCUUGAGAUAUAUUUUGAAACUCUUGUGUGGCAUAUUCUCUUUUAAUAUACUUGGCAAUUUUAAUUGUAUAAAUAAAUUAAAGAACUUUUAGUAUAUAUAUAUAUAUAUAUAUAGUAUAUAAAGAAAUACAAGUAGCAAUGAGAACAAAUGAAGAGAACUGAAGAGAAAAUGAAAAUACAUAAACAGUGUAUUUGCGGAACUCUUUUUCUAAAAAUCUCCAUUUGAAAAAAUGUGAGGGAAAUUGUAAUAUAUCCCGCGGAAAAUGGAAAAAUAUUAUUGCAAACUUCUUCGAAACACGAAUGAAUGCUAGAAGGUCGGCAAACAAGCAAGACGCGUCUCUUGGUGCGAUAUAAGAAAUUUUCCAUUCGUAUUAUGAUUGCGUGUUGAUACGAUGUAAGUUACGACAAAUCCAUCUUUAAAGUAUUUCGUAUCUCGCAAAGAAUAAUAUACGCGCGAUAUAAAUAAGCAAAAUAAAAUUACGUUAAUCUGUGGAGAUAUAUAGACGCUACAUUCCGACGCAUCGUGUUUUCAUGUCUACUUAGAAUUUAAACAAUCCUCCUCAAAGCUCGCCACGCGAGCGUGAUAUACACCCUUGGGUUGACACGUAUCUCCGCAUGAUCCAAGCAAGAGUUGAUGAACAUAAUCGAUAAUUCUAUCUAAUGAGAAAUGUUCAAUUUCGGUCCGAGUUGAAUUUUUAACGAAUUCUCAUUCGUUCGUAAUUUAGAGAAAUGUAAGAAAGUUUAAUUAUGUAAGAGAGACAAAAAGUAUGCCAUGUGCUCAUUCGUUUGAUCUUAUUUUUCUUAAAAGGAGAGAAAUUUGCUUUCUGCUGGCUUUUCAAAGAAUCCAAAGACGAGUGAAUAUUCGUCGUAAAAUUUAACGAUCCGAAAUUGAUAGUUUUCUCGCAAUGAGAUGAUAGAAAUAGUCGAUUACGUUGUUCACAGAGGCUUACUAAUUCUCUUACGUAUGACAACUUGGAUAACAGGAGUGCAACGUUAUAUAAAUACAUACAUGUGUCUAUUGUAUCUCUCACCUGAGAGAACUCUCAACAUCUUUGAUAUUGAUUCACGAUACGCGCGAAAUGUCCAAGGUCGAAAUAUAUUCAAAGGUGGGCAUUCGAUGUAUGUCGUAUUACGUUAAAUACAUAAUAGCGCGCGAUUCGUGACGCGGCCGUUAUAAAAUAUAUGAUACUUGAUGCACACUCAACGUGUGCAGCAGAAACCCGAUUUAUUCGACUCCACCUCCGUAUCACUGUCGAGAAUACGUUCCCUCUCUCUAUAUCAGAAGAUAUCCGUGUAUCACAAUCGGAAAUACAUUUUACAAUCAUAUUGAGAGAACUCUCUUUAAUGCUUCUCUCGAGGGCACGUGUGUGACAUAGGAUUCCGACAAAGUACUAUUUUGGGAGUGUGACUCAGUAUAUAAAUUCAAUUAUUGCCAUACGUCAUUAUUAAAAUUAACGUAUAUUCUCUUCGGUUAUCGUUUAAAUAUUAUUAAUAUAUUGGUGUAAAGAGGAACUUUGUCCGGAUUCUACUGCAUGUGAAAAAAAAAAACGUUUUUUAAAUGUUGCCCCUCUUAUAAAUCUAUUGAAGUGGUCUAUCGAUUUCGUGUACCUUGAUAUAUCUCUCGAAGGGCAAGAUUUCCCGAUCAAGGUCUCCGGUAUCUUGACGGAAGACGAUUAUAAAUCUUAACUCGCUUGAUUCUAGUCUUACGCGCUCAAUUUCGAGGCCGAUUUUUUAUUUUUUCCUCGAUCUCCCUCCCCGAAUCGACAAUUCUCAAAUCGUGGCUUACGCGAAUGUAAUGCCCCAUCACUAUUAUCGUUUUCGCUUGCUGACUGUUGUAGUAUUUGAUAGUUUUAUUUUGUUAACAAUACACCGUAAUGUAUUUUAAACUCGUAAUUAUAUAAGUUGAACAUAAUAGGCUCUCUAUCGACUACGCCGAAAAGAAAGUGGUACACAUGACGAAAGGAGAAAAAAAGAAAGGGAAAAAAAGAGAACAAAAGAGCAAAAACGCAUAUUACGAAGGAGUUUACAUCAUAUUUAA